AUGGAUUCCCCAGACCCAGAAAAGAAAAUAAGCCCCGGCGCCAUCUCAAACUCUGACAAAUCCACGGAUUUGGAAAAGUUCGGGUCCGACCCGGAGAAACAUUCCGGCCGAGACGACGCUAGGGGACACCACCACCACCACGACGCCGACGACGACGACGACGACGACGACGGCGACCAUGACUCUGACACGUCCAAUGACUUGGACGCCGGUGAGAUCCAACCGGUCCAAUCCCGCGCGCAAAGCAUCAUAAACCGUGUCCUGAGCACUGUUGCCUCAACACAUUCAAUAAACCCUGGCCCGCCUCCAGACGGAGGAUGGUCAGCUUGGGUAACAGCGAUAUGCGCACAUCUAAUUGUUAUGAAUUCAUGGGGCUUCAUCAACUCUUUUGGCAUCUUCCAGACCUACUACGCCGACCUCCUCAAUCUCCCUCCCUCUACCAUCUCCUGGAUCGGCUCCACACAAGUCUUCCUGCUCUUCCUAAUCGGCACUGUAGCAGGCCGCCUCACGGAUGCAGGCUACUUCCGCAUCAUCCUAGCCGGCGGCUCCAUCCUUCAACUCCUCGGUAUCUUCUCUGCGUCCUUCGCCUCAACAUACGCCCAGUUUCUCCUAGCCCAGGGCAUCUGCAUGGGCCUCGCGAACGGAUUCCUCUUCUGCCCGACGAUAGCAACCCUAUCUACCUACUUUUCCUCCAAGCGCUCCCUGGCCAUCGGCAUCGGGGCAUGCGGUAGCGCCACCGGCGGUGUCAUCUUCCCCCUGAUCGCCCGCUUCCUCAUACCACGCGCCGGCCUGGCUUGGACCCUCCGCGCCAUAGGAUUCGUCCAGCUCGUCGGCCUCGUCUUCUGCAACUUCUUCCUACGACAGCGCGUCCCACCUCGCAAAGCCGGUCCCUUCGUCGACUGGGCCGCUUUUCGUACCCUUGAGUAUACCUUCUAUGCUGUCGGCGCGUUCUUCCUCUUCCUCGGCGUUUACUUCCCCUUUUACUUCCUGGCUUCCUUCGCCACGUCUCAAAUUAAGCCGACCAUGUCGUACGAAAACAGUCUCAACCUCCUUCUCCUCCUGAACGCCGUCGGUGCCCCCGGCCGCCUCAUUCCCAACCACAUCGCCGACAAAGUUGGCGUCGUCAACGUCUUGAUCCCAGUCUGCCUGAUAUCAGCCAUCGUGGUCUUUGGCUGGAUCGCCGUCGUUGACUCGGCUGGUCUCUACGCCUGGUCCGUCUUUUAUGGCAUGGUCGGCGGUGGGAUCCAGGGCCUCUUCCCGGCCGGCCUAAGCUCUCUUACGGAUGACCCUAGGAAACAAGGUACCCGCAUAGGCAUGGUAUUUACCAUUGUCAGCUUCGCUACCUUGAUCGGCCCUCCUAUCGCCGGUGCUUUGAUCCAGGCUGCUGAUGGCCGGUAUUUCGGCGCUCAGACUUUCGCCGGCGGCUGCUUGCUGAUCGGCAUGGGAUUCAUGAUUGCUGCUCGGAUGGCGAGAUCCAAGAAGACCAGGCGCGGGUGGAAAGACAAGAUGUGA